UGACAUACUAGGACCGGAGAGAGGGAAUUCAAGCAGGAGAGAGAGAGAGGGGGGGGGUUGAAGAGAUCUUAGAGAUGAGAGUAAUGGCGUAAUUGGAGGACGGAUGGAAGUUUGCGUCACAGAGUGUCAAACAUGAAGGUAUCAUAUCACCUCCAUGGUUUGAAGUGGCGCGCGCUUCUAAUCAGGCAAUUGUCGUCACGAUUCUCGUUGGGUGUGGUAGAACAGUUACUAGAUAUUAGAUACCAGAUUGAUAUUUUUAGUGCAUCAAGUACGUGACACAACUAUCAGAAAAUAUCAUCAUAUAGAAAGCUCAUGAAUAACAGUAUCAAGUAAUGAAGGUGCAUCGUCACAACAGACAACCUAACUUGUGUAUGAAUAAUAUAGUGCGGAGGGAGGGACAAGUGCCAGACACGUACUACAAUGAAAAUGUGCAUCAAGGAGUAUACGUGUGAGUGUGAAGAUUGAGGUGGAAGCACAGAUAUAAGAAGUCAGUCAGAGUUGACACACAUAGGGGAUAGCAGCUGCACCAGCAAUACCACCAUAUUUCUGCAUGAUCAACUACCACCACCAUCACCACCAUGACCCUGAAACAGUCUCCAUAUGCUUCCGGCAUCACUGAGUUGCUGCUGACACUGGAUUCCUCACAUCUGUACCAGCUGGCCAGCACUGCCACCAACCAGCACCUCAUUGCUGACAGCAAAAAGGAGGCGGUGGACAUCAUUCUGCGCUACACUGAGAACCUGGAGAGGUUUUUCUCCUACAAGCGCAUCACGUGUCAGGUUCUUUUUGACUACCUACACAAGAAAAAAGUGCCAUUACGUGUUGGGGAAAGUAAGCAGGAGAUGAUCCAGAGGGUUAAGAAGGAAUGGGAGAAGAAGCAGAAUGCAAAACCCGUGACCAAAUCUGUGUCACUGCCCAACACAAAAAAAAACCAGAUUGUGAACAGCUUCCCGGUCGCAGUACCUCAGAGACACAGAAGCAACACAGAACUCAACGUCAACUACUCCGGUGCCUCAAACGCUGCAUCCACCACUGCCAUCAACCUCAACCUGACCACACAAGAUGUACAACUCAGUGUUAAGUUGACACAUGGUAGUGGUGGUGGUGGUGGCGGUGGUGGUGGGGUGGUGAGAAGCGAUGUGUUUGCAAGGGAGUUCUGCAAGUGGUUCUUUGUGAUGCUGAAUCGCCUGCACCCUCAAGGAGCAGCACAGGCUGGUGACAAUUUCUCUCCAGACGUCUUCAUGGCAAACUGCACCAUAGACAUUUACCUCUGUGACACCAACAACACUGAGAAGCACGCCACGGAUAACAACGCAUAUGUGCUACUCAAGAAUGUGUGCACUGACUUCAGACUCAUGUUUGUUCCACACAUAGAUUCAGGUGUGAGGGCGGAGAUGUCACAACAUGGCCUGGUGAAGCUGUACUGCCUGGGCACACUGCACCAAGGGGACGCAUUUGUUGGAGUGUUUGAGCAGGAGUUUGGCCUUGUGAAGAGCCCACAGGAGGGAUGGAAGAUUAUGAUGACCAAGAUUAACCUCAAACAAGCCCAGCAAGAUAGUGUGUGCCUCCCUGCUCUUCCCCAGGGCCCUGUGUUUGAGAUUCCCAGCUGAAGUGUUGGUGAGACCUGAGGGAGGCCUGAAGAUCUAGGAAGACUUAAAAAGCAUCAGGGAAAAGAGUUGGGAAUAAUUAGACCAAAAAGACAAACAAAUCUAGAGAUGGUGUGUAAAGGACAAAACAAGCAGACCAGUGGGAAGACAACCAAAGAAGAUUUGGGGAUGGUGUGUGUAGGAGGACAUGACCAGCAGACCAAUGGGAAUAGCUGGGGAGGGUGUGUGUAGGACAUGACCAGCAGGCCAGUGGGAAUGGCUGGGAGGGUGUGUGUAGGACAUGACCAGCAGACCAGUGGGAAUGGCUGGGGAGGGUGUGUGUAGGACAUGACCAGCAGACCAUUGGGAAUGGCUGGGGAGGGUGUGUGUAGGACAUGACCAGCAGACCAUUGGGAAGGGCUGGGGAGGGUGUGUGUGAUAGACAUGAGGGAAGAGAGAGAUGGUGAUAAUUACUGAACAACUAAACAUGUGAUAAUAAGGCCAAUUGCUUAUUUGUUGUUAUUACUACUGUGUUAUAUACAAAGUUUUUACUUUUAGAAGAAUAACUCUUAGUCAUAAGUACAAAUUAAUGAAAGAAUAAAAUAAGUAUGAUA